ACUCGUGCCGUCGUAAGAUAGCACUUACGAUGUACGACUUGCUACUGGGUUUGUCAAAACAAAACGGAACGCCGCUGACUUGAUACCGCGGUGUGCCCCGGAAACCGAUACCAGCCCCGCCCUCCGACUCGUGUACCGGUCGUGAUUAUGCGCUCUUAUCACUUGCACGAUAUGUUGACCGAGAACAUCAAGCACGACCACGACGUUGUAUGUUGUGUACUCCUGUGCUGUUAAUUGUUUACCACACGCGACGAAAAGCGAUUAUUUACCGAUACGCUCUAACCUUUUGUCGCCGCCGUUCACUUCUCGUCAGAACUAUACUCCCCGAGGACUUCGUGUCCGGUACGGGUACUGGCAACUACUACGACGACAACGACGCCGUGCUCCAGCUCGCUUCAUAGCUUUUCGUGCACACCGUCGUCUUGAUAAUGGACAGGAUUAUUGAGAUAUCUUCGGUGUUCGUUGAUCUGUUCAACAGCUCGGCUGGCAGUCCUGCUACCGCUGACGAACCUACCGAAUCGCCUAUUCCGGUACAAUUGCAAGAAUUAACCGAAGACUAUAUUCAGAAAAUAUUGACUGCGUGUUGCAGUCAACAGGGCGCUGGCAUUUCUGGAUUUCAAAGUGGACCUGCCGUUGGUUCUUCUGGGCUGCGUGUCAAUGAGUUCAAACCCAAUCUUGAUUGGUUCAACUGCACGAAACCAUUAUUAUUUAAUAAAGACCUUAAAGGUAAACUCGUUCUACUAGAUUUUUUUACUUACUGCUGUGUUAAUUGCUUACACAUUUUACCUGUUCUUCAUAAAUUACAACAACAAUUUACACAUAAAGAUGGUUUGGUGAUUGUUGGAGUGCACAGUGCAAAAUUUCCAAAUGAACAACAAUCUGUAAAUGUACAGCAUGCAAUUGAAAAAUAUUCAAUUGAACAUUGUGUUGUGAAUGAUACAGAUGGUACUAUGUGGAAUGAUUUAGCUGUGUGUUGUUGGCCUACUUUAGUUCUUAUUGGACCUAAUGGUGAACCUAUGCUUAUGAUUCAGGGUGAAGAAUUUCAUUCACAAUUAUUACCAACUUUUAUUGAAACAGCUUUACAAAUUCUACGUCAAGCCUCUAUGAUUAGUUCACAUGAUAUACCAGAAAUCAUUCCUGGACGUAACACUUUAGCACAAUCAUUGCCUCCUAGUAUACAACCAUCUCCUAUAAAGCAACAUCUUCUCUAUCCUGGUAAGGUAUUUGCAUACACAAAAAAACUGAAGAAAAGGAAGAACGAUGAUAAUGAAAAUGAAAAAAAUAUUAAUUACCGACAUAAUGGAAAAAUAAUGUUAGCAAUUGCUGACAGUGGGCACCAUAGAAUAAUAAUUUGUACUCUGCAGGGUCGAGUAAAGCAUGUAAUUGGUGGAGGUGGUAUCGGACUUUCACCUUCCACUACAAAAAAAGGAUUUAAAGAUGGACGUUUCACAGAAGCUUUAUUUCAUAGUCCUCAAGGAAUAUGUUUUCAAAAUUCUCAUAUUCUGUUUGUUUGUGAUACUGAAAAUCAUGCUAUACGUAUGAUUGAUUUAAAAACAAAAUGUGUUAAGACUGUGGCUGGUAAUGGUAAAAAAGGUCGAGAUAGAUAUGGUGGUCAAAUGUGGAAUUCUCAAAUCUUAAAUACUCCUUGGGAUGUUGUAUAUUAUAAACGCAAAACUCGUCCACAGCUUCAACAACAAUAUACGCCACAGCCAUACACACCUCAUCAAACUUCACAACAACAGCAACAGUCAACUCCCGUUCCAAAUCCAGCACCAGUGCGCUGUUUGUUAAUUGCUAUGGCUGGUUUACAUCAAAUAUGGGCACUUUAUUUAGACAAGACAAGUACUAGUACUUGCUCAAGUAUGAAAUCUAAAUGGUGUUCUAAAGGACUAUGUACCAUGAUAGCAGGAACUGGUAAAGAAGAAAAUAGAAAUAAUUAUUACAAUGGACAACGUGCUUCAUUCGCUCAACCCUCUGGGUUGUGUUUAAGUAAACCAUUAUAUCGUUCUGGAUCUGGACCUGGUGGAUCCGAUCCAUCUUUAUAUAUUGCAGAUAGCGAAAGUUCUUCAAUCAGGAGAAUGUACUUAGAUUUAGCAGGAAAAUAUAGAGUGUUAAACGUGGCUGGUGGAAGUCCUGACCCUACUGAUUUAUUUAGCUAUGGUGACAUUGAUGGUGGAGCUGGUGCCAAUUCACGUUUACAGCAUCCUAUGGAUGUAGCAUGGAAUUAUAAACGUAACAUACUGUAUAUAGCUGAUUCAUACAAUCAUAAAAUUAAAUAUGUUACGGGAUUGGAAAGCCAUAAACAAAAUCACUAUAACAAUGGUGGUGGAAAUGCAACUACUGGAGGUAUUGUUGGAUCUACUGCUGGUUCGGUGCACACAUUGCCUUUACCUGUUAAGUUAAAUGAACCUAAUGGAUUACAUUUUAUUGAAAACCCACAAGAUGAAUCAAGCUUAUUAAUUAUCGCCGAUACAAAUAAUCAUUCGAUUUGGGUAUACAACUUCGAUACAUAUGUUAUAAAAAAGCUGCAAUUGGAAUUUCCAAAAAUUUUAGAAUCGGCACCAUCUAAUGUUGUUGGUACAGCACAAAUCAGAUUAAAUAGACGGACAGGUGGACAACUAAUGUUGCGUGGUCGCGUUAUGAUGGGAAAUUUAUCUUCAAGUGAAUCAUCUCGAUCAAUAGAAGAUCACCAACCACAUUUACAAUGGACUCUUCAAUUACCAGAUUCAACAUGGGAAUCAAAAGAAAUUAAAUCCAAUACUACUAUACAAGCAGUAGGAGCAGCUGCUGAUUUUAAGUAUUUAAUUCAUGUGCCAAAACAAGAAUUGAAUGAACAUGAAAAUGAAAAUAGUGAUGAUGCAACAAUUAAUGAUGGUGGAAGUAACAGGCGACGAAAUGAUAAGUAUCACCAAGAUUAUGAUAGUGAAUAUGAUGAUUCUUCUGAAGAUGAAUCUGAUGAUGAAGAAGUUGUUAUAUUAAGAUGUCAAACCAGUAUCUGUCAGGAUGGCGAUAAAUGCGUUCCUAUUGAUUUUGAUUUUGUAGUACGUGUCCGAUAUGGAGAUGAAGAAGAUACUCCUCAGGCGGCUGACACUUACUUUCCUUAUACUAUUCCCAUAACAAAUAUUGGUAAAACUUCAUUAUUGGAGGUCGAUACAAAUGCUUCAACAAAUAAUGUGGAUUCGUCUACAACAACUAAUAAUACUAAUAAUUAAUGAAUUCAAUUUAUUAUGUAUUUUUAUAUAAAAAUUUUCUAAUUAAAUUUUAAUACAUGAUAAUUUUUGAAAUGUAAUAUUUAGUCUAUAAAUGGUAAAUUAUACACUCUUAAAGACUAAGAAAAUUUUGUACUGCAUUUACUUUUU